AUGUCUUCAUGUCCAACCAACAUUGCCUCAAAUUCCAGUGCUUCAAACUUCGAUGAACACCGAUGGAUUAUUCAAAUCCGUCGAACACUUGAUGAAGAACUUGAAGAAGAUACUGAAAUCCCUGUGAGCAUUUACAACGUUCCAAAAUCUUUAAUGGUCAGCGAUCCUGAUUCAUACGUGCCACAAUUAGUGGCAAUAGGCCCUUACCAUUAUUGGCGUCAAGAGCUUUAUGAUAUGGAGAGGUACAAAGUUGGUGCUGCCAAGAGAACUCAGAAGCAUCUCCAAAGUUUGAAAUUUCAGCAUCUUGUGGAACAGUUGAUAAAGUUUGAUCAUAGAAUUCGUUGUUCGUACCAUAAGUAUUUGAAUUUCAGUGGGGAAACUUUGGCCUGGAUGAUGGAUGUAGAUGCCUCUUUCUUGCUUGAGUUACUUCAAAUCUAUGCCACUAUUGAAGGUAAGCUUCUAACUAAAGUUUCCUCAAGAAUGUCACAUUUGGUUGAUGUUGCAGGGCGAAAGUCUACGCAUAAUGCUAUCCUCAGAGAUAUAAUUAUGCUUGAAAACCAAAUCCCCCUAUUCAUACUAAGGAAAAUGUUGGAGUUACAGUUUUCAUCUUUAGAUUUUGCUGACAACACACUGCUAUCUAUGCUAAUGGGAUUUUGCAAGGAGCUUUCUCCUUUCAAAAUGGAAAAAGAAUUCUCAAAAUUUCAACUCAUAGAGUGUGCUCAUAUACUAGACUUUCAGUAUCAAUUCAUCGUGCCAAAAUUAGAAAGAACUUGUGAAAUAACAGAAGACGAUCACGAGCAAACUGACGUGAACCAUGGAGAAAAUAGUUCCUAUGCAAAAUCAAUUAGUCACGUUGGACAAGUAUUUCGUGGAGUUUGGAAGAUCCUUUUGAAAAUAAACAGAGGGCCUGUACGUAUUUUAAAAAGAAUAGUAUUUUCCAGACCUGUUAAAUUGAUUUUUAAGUUGCCCUGGAAACUACUCUCUAAUCUUCCUGGAAUUAAACUAUUCGCACAACCCAUUACAUAUAUGUGCUUCUCACAAGAAAAAGCAGAAGAAAAUCCUGAAAGUGAAACAAAUAUGAAUAAACCCCCUCUUGUUGAAGAAAUAGCCAUACCAUCAGUAAAAAAACUUACUAAAGCUGGAGUAAGUUUUGUAGCAACCAAUACAGGAAUCAUGAGCAUAAAUUUCGACGGUAAAAAGAUGAAAUUUUAUUUGCCUACAGUCAAUCUUGACAUAAAUACAGAGGCUAUCCUGAGAAAUUUAGUUGCAUACGAAAUGCAUCAGGACCGUUGGUUUUUACGCAUUACACUGAAUUAAUGAACGGGAUUAUUCAUACAGAAGAAGAUGCAGUGUUACUUCGAGAAAAAGGAAUAAUAUUGAACCGUUUGAAGAGUGAUAAAGAGGUUGCAAACUUGUGGAAUGGGAUGAGUAAAUCGGUGAGAUUAACAAAGGUGUCAUUCUUAGAUAAAGUGAUUGAAGAUGUGAAUGGAUUUUACAAUAGAUGGAAAGUCAAGAUUGGAAAAAUAAUGAAGCAUUAUGUGUUUGUUUAAUAUUCAGAACUCUGGUGAUUGAUUUUUCUUCCUUUUGGUGUAAGAAUUUUGUUUGUUUGUUUUGAUUUCACUUGGAAUUAAAAAGUACAACAGAUGGCGGUCAAAAAGAAACAAGAGUAGAAGUUCUUGUGUGAUGGCUGUUGGACAAAGAUAUGCUAAAAGUGAAAGGUUGGUUUGUGUAUUUGUGUUUGGGAAAAGAUG